AUGGCUUUUCGAGCACGGUCGGUGGCUUUGAUGCAUCAGAGCUGCGCGCUUCGCCCUUUUACGGGUCGGGCUCGUGGAUUUGCGACUGUUGCCGAUAACACGCGACCCUACGAUGUUGUUGUUAUUGGUGGAGGACAUGCUGGCUCUGAGGCAUGUGCUGCUGCUGCUCGGUCUGGCGCGCGAACUGCACUAGUAACACCCUCCUUGGAUAAUAUCGGUGUUUGUUCGUGCAAUCCGAGUCUCGGUGGUAUUGGAAAGGGCACAAUGAUUCGCGAGAUCGAUGCAAUGGAUGGUGUCGCUGGUCGCAUCAUUGAUAAGGCAGGAAUCAUGUUUCGGAUGUUGAACCGCUCUAAAGGUCCUGCUGUUUGGGGACCGCGUGCGCAAAUUGAUCGCGAUCUGUACAAGCGGUAUAUGUCUGAGGAGUUGACCAGCACGGAGAACCUGAGCAUUGUUCAAGGUAAAGUGGCGGAUAUUGUGCUUUCCAAGGAAGGAAUUGAGAACACCCCUGGUGCUCAAGGAAAAAUUGCUGGCGUGCGUUUGGAGUCUGGAGAGGUCAUUCCUACAGGUCGGGUGGUUAUCACGACGGGCACGUUCCUGGGUGGUGAGAUUCACAUUGGCAUGGAUGUCUUCCCUUCAGGGCGUAUGGGUGAAGCUCCCACGUACGGGCUCAGCAAGUCCCUCCGCGAAGCCGGCUUUCAACUUGGACGCUUGAAGACCGGUACACCCCCUCGAUUGGAUGGGAAAACUAUUGAUUUCUCUGCUCUGGAAGUGCAAAAGGGUGACUCGCCACCUCUUCCAUUCUCCUACCUGAAUGAUACCGUUGAAGUGGGCGACGAAGGCCAACUUACCUGCUGGAUGACUCACACCAAUGACGCUGCUCACGACAUUAUCCGCGCUAACCUCGAUAAAUCCAUCCAUAUUCGGGAGACUGUACGUGGACCGCGAUACUGCCCCUCUUUGGAGUCCAAGAUCAUUCGAUUCAAGGACAAGAACCAGCACCAGAUCUGGCUUGAGCCAGAAGGUUUCGCGCCGAACGAUGUCAUCUACCCGAACGGCAUCUCGAUGACCGUCCCCGCAGAUGCGCAAUACGCUAUGCUACGAGUAAUCCGUGGUCUCGAGAAUGUGACCAUGCUCCAGCCAGGCUAUGGUGUGGAAUAUGACUACAUUGACCCUCGCAACCUCCGACCAACACUAGAAACAAAAUUGAUCAACGGUCUUUACCUUGCGGGUCAAAUUAAUGGCACAACCGGUUACGAAGAAGCAGCCGGACAAGGUAUCAUCGCAGGCAUGAACGCCGGUCUCGAGUCUCAAGACCGAGCACCUCUAACCCUGACCCGGUCUGAUGGCUUUAUCGGAAUUAUGAUCGACGACCUCAUCACCAAGGGCGUAUCAGAGCCCUACCGUAUGUUCACAACACGAAGCGAAUACCGGAUCUCAACGCGCUCCGACAACGCAGACCUACGCCUCACACGUAUGGCCCGCGAUGCCGGCGUCGUCUCGGACAAGCGCUGGCGCGCGUUCUCCGACACCGAGGGUCAAAUUCAACAGCUACAGACCCUUCUCGGAAAUACCAGGCUCUCGUCCUCGGCUUGGUCUCGCAAGGGCUUCAAGGUGCGCUCCGAUACCUCCAUCCGAUCUGCGCUGGAUCUCCUCUGUCUGGAUGGCGUCGAUAUCAACAGCCUUAUUCCUACUAUUGAGUCAGCUACGGGCACAGCAUACACGCCCCACUCAUUUUCACCUGAUAUCCGCACCCGCGUCGCUAUCGAAGGUCGCUAUGCGCCUUACCUAAAGCGUCAGGAGAAGAUGGCUGAGCGAUUCCUGCGGGAUGAGCACGAGCUCUUGCCUGCGGAUGUGGAUUACAAUAAGGUCACUGGUAUCAGCAAUGAGGAAAAACAAGCUCUUCAGCGCGUGCGACCUGUCAGUAUUGGCAUGGCGAAGCGCAUUGAGGGUGUGACUCCUACUGGUGCUCUAGCACUGUUGAUGUAUAUACGGAAGGGCCGUGGGUUUCCCAGGAAGACUAACGGUGAAGAAGAGGUUGCCAAUGUGCUCCUCCACUCUUCGCCUUGA